UGGCGGGCGCGUGUCCUUCGGCGGUAAAGCGAGGGGAUUUGAAACGGAGCGAGCCGUUCGUCUGCGGGGCCCUGCGGUCGGGCCCGUACCGCCGGCACCGGGGGACUGGCGGGGGAGGGGCGUGCGGCCACGUGACGCGCGCCCCUCUGCCUCCCAUUGGUGGCGAGGCUAACCGGAAGCUGGGGGGCGUUUCCGGUGCUGCGGCAGCCGGUAACGGCGCUGGGUCGCUGGCGAGCGAGCUUUGUUGCAGAACAAGAGGAAGCCAUGGUGUGCAUUCCCUGUAUUGUCAUUCCAGUUCUCCUCUGGGUCUACAAGAAAUUCCUUGAGCCAUAUAUCUAUCCUGUUAUCGCACCUUUCAUUAAGCGUGUAUGGCCCAAGAAAGCCAUGCAAGAAACAACAGCCACAAAACAAGGUCAAGGAGGCAGCACUGGAAACCCACAGGCACCUUCAGCCAUGAAAAGAAAUCAGGAGGACGAACCUGCCAUUUAUAAAUUUGAAAGCAAUGGCGUUGCAAAUGGAAUUGCCGUAAAGAGAUCCACAGAAGUUUCUGACAAGAAAACGGAUUAAAGGAAUUAAUUCCUAAGGUUUUUAUUCCCUUGUGUCCAAUAUGAACUGGUGAUGUUUCUCUCACUUUGGGACUUUUUUCUUUGCACGUUAGCUGAAUAAAAACCCUUAUCACUUACAGGAGAGGCUCUCUUUUGCCACUAAAAUGGCAGCUAGCACAUUUCUUAAAGAACUUUAGUUUUCAACUAUUUUAUAUUAUUUUCCUCACUGGAACUACUUUUCAUCUAUAACCUAUUUGGUGUGAUUACAGUUUAGGUUAAAUAACUUAUGAGUAAAUCUAUCUUUGGAUAACAUUACUAACUGCACUCCUGUAACUUCUCACGGAUGUUGUGUGGAUCGUGUAGUAGAGAAGAUGGGGAUUGGAAAGCAGAAGUGAGGGAAAGUGGCCAUGCUAGUUUAUGAUCGUUUUUGUCUCCAUAUCUUUGGAUAUUUCACCCAUAUUGUUACACCAAAUCCUGCCCUAUCCAUCAGAACUUCACCUGGGAAAAGGUGGAUGUAAUUGUUGCUGUGGUGGGUUGGGUUUUCUAAACCAAUCAAUCCCCACCUCACCCUAAACAAUAAAUUCCUCUGCUACCACUA